AUGAUCUGGGCGCUCUUGGCCCCCGCCCCCCGCCCGGGGCUCUCACCAUCUCCCCGGCGCUGCAGCUCCCUCGGCUACGCGGAUUUCCCCCACUCGCUCCUCUCCAGCCUCCCCUUCCGGGUUCCCGCCCCGACGCCCGCUGGGAAUUGGAGUCCAGGCGGCCGCGGACUACAUAUCCCAGAAGGCAGCAUGCGCAAAGCGUGGAGGUGGAGGAGGAAGCCAGAGAGGCUGACCGAGGAAAAGAACGACUCUAACUCCCAGGAGGCAGCGGGGACACGCGACAGCGCAGGCGCAGGGGGCGCUCCGUCUCGCGCCCAUCACUCCGUGGUGGGAACUGGUGGGGGUGUGGCCUGGGCUUCAGGCGCGCGCUCUUUCUCUUCUCAGGCAGCACGCGCCGGGGCGUCGCGCCUGGGCCUCGCGCUGGGGGACCAGCGCGAGACGCUGUCCAUCGGGCUCUCGAGUGUGGGGUUGGCGAAACCUGAAGGGGGGGCCUCGCGCCAUUUUGCACCUCCUGAGGCGGGUGCUGGAGGCCGAGAAGGGAGAAGCCAGAAGGAGAUUCUGCUGCAUGUUCUGCACUACAUUCAGUACCUCCAGAGAAGCAUUGAUGUGGCUAAGGCCUUGCUCAAAUUUCACACCACCGAUGGCAAAGGUGGACUUGGGGGGCUGGGUUGGAACCCAGCUGUGGGCCCAGCAAGGCAGAGACACACCACCCCAUCCAGCUCCCCACGGUCUCGGAAGUCCUGUCUUCAGGGAGCCUGCCGGAAACCUCGGAAGAAGAAGCUGACCCGAAAGUCAGAACGCCAGACCCGUGCCCAGAAGCCUCGCUGCUGUCUGGCCCUGGACAGGCCUGAGAAGGAGGUGACUCCAUCCCCAGACCAGAAAGGAGGAAACAUGGGGAGAACCACGACCCCUCCAUGGUGCCCCAACUCCUGCAGACACCUCAAGGCUGCAUCAUCCUUGUUUCAAGAUGGAAGAAAAGGAGGAAGAUCCCAGCUGACGUUGCUGAAGAUGGCUGAGAACAGCGUCCUCUGUGCCUCCUCAGGCUGUUGCAGAAACAGUGCCCAGGAUGAUGGACCUCGCCCUGCCAUUGGGGUCCAGGAAGGUGCAGAGUGGAUCCAUUUUCUCAACUCGGCACAGCUCUGUCAGAGGCAGAAGCUGGUGUUCUACGAUUCCAACGAUGAGGUGGAAAAGGAGUCCCCAGAUGCUGACCCGUGGCUUCCUGCCUGGACUCCAGAGGGGAGCCCACUGACCUUGAGGCCUCCCCAGAUCAGAAACUGGAGUGGGGCAGGCCACCCGAGAGAGAUCCUGGGACUCAGCCCGUCCCUCUUCAGCUCCCCAGGGAAACUUCUGCCAGAGCAAAUCUUGGAGGAUGGCACAGAGUAUCUGACCCAAGCUCUCUUUGAAGAAGUGUACUUAGAGCCCGACUCUCCACGUCCUGCCCACAUGUCUGGGGCUCCACAGAAGCAGGAAACCCUUUCUGAGGCCCCCAGAGACCCUACUGACUCCCACAGCCUGUUCCCGUCUUCGAUCUCAUUAGACCACUGCUACCUGUCGCUAAGUGAGAACAGCAGGGCACCAUCCAGCCCAAGCUCUGGGGAGACCGAAACAGAGUCCAUGUGGAGGCCGCAGGAGGUGAGGAGACAGCUGUCCACCGAGGUCGGUCCCACACCCCCUGCCCUCUCCCAUCUCUCCGCCCCUGCCCAGGCUGACCCUGAAGGUUUGCAGUCCUCCAGCGAUGAGGAUGGAGACUACACGUGGACGCCCACCCGACGGGCCACAGCCCUGCCCCCAACUGGGAGGAAGGCCAGGAGGGGCUGGGCAGGCAGAGGCCCCAUGAAGCCCAAGGAGACCAAGAAGUUCCCCUGCACCUCCCAGAUGAAGAAAAAGUGUGUCAACGGCUUCAUCAUGUUCUGCAGGAUGAACCGGAAGCAGUAUAUCAGAGCCUGUCCCGGGACUGCGUCCACAGCUGCCACGAAAGAACUGGCCCAACUCUGGCGGGUGAUGACCCAGCAGGAACAGAAACCCUAUUGCAUCAAGGCACGCAGGUUCAGCCGCCAGCACAACCGGAUCGUGAAGCAGGGCAGCUCCAGCAGUGAGGAUGAGGACGGGGAGACCCCUAAGCCCUUCUAUCAGCUGCUGGCCGAGAAGGCCCGCUGCCCCCCACGCCUGGCUUCUGCCCUGCCUCCUCAGCGGGCCUGAGAGAUGGCGGCUCACCUCCCCUUGCCUCCUUGCAGCUCCUGAAGCCAUUGUUUGAAACCAGAACAGGCAAUGGGGAGAAGGGCCCCUCCUGGGCUUCCAGCCCCAGUUAGCGCAGGUGCCCCUCACUAGUACUGCACGACAGGGGAGGGGGCGUAUUUAUUGACCCCGCCGCUGUGUGUUUGUAUUGUAAGGCUGCCACGGACAGCUCGAACUCUCUGCCCCAUGGGACUGCUGUUUUCCUCACAGCCCCUUUUUGAUCCCAUGGCUUAUCAGAGGAACUUCAGGGUGGGAAGGUAGAAACCCUAAAUGAAAUGCAGGGAGGUGAAGUUUAUGAGAAGGGGCUCACCUCUGCCAUUCUUUUCCCCACCCAGAAUCAAAUGGUUCCAACCCUGUUCACUCAUC